AUGUCUAGGUCUUCAAAGGCGGGUCUCCAUUUCCCUGUAGGCAGGAUAACUCGUUUCCUGAAAAACGGAAAAUAUGCUGAACGUGUUGGAGCUGGUGCACCGAUUUAUCUGGCUGCUGUCCUUGAAUACCUCGCUACUGAGCCCAACACCAAAUUUGGGGACGUGUUUGCCUUUAGUGAUCCAGCACCAGAGUGUAUCAACGACAGGUUGGCGAUGAUUGGAUCUGUCGUUCAGCUUUCGAGCGGAGGUUACACUUGGUUUUGGCGGUCAAGUGUUGUGCUAACAUUGGCAUCUAUCAUACCAUUUUUUAAAGGAUUAGUGCUGAGAAAAAGUGUGAUGGGAUUAUGACGGCCAAUGCAGAUAUUUGAAAAGUGUAAAGAUAUAACACCUGGGCCUAACUCAACCUCAAAAGCUAGCUCAUGAG